GCAACGGGGGCAGCCGGAGCAUGGUUGGGGGCCGCGGGGCUGGCCUGGAAGGGCCGCUUGCGGGCUGGGGCGAGCCCGGCAAGCUCUUGGGGGAGGCCUGGUGAGAAGCCGCCGGAGCACCGGUGCCUCCCUCGCGGGCCGCCAGCGGCGUGCAAGAGGCGGGGGCCGGUCGCGGUCUCGCAGCAUGGAGGCCGAGGGGCCGCCGCCGCCGAGCUCGGACGUGCGCCUGUGCGGCUACUUGCGCAAGCAGAAGUCGCAGCACCGGCGCUUCUUCGUGCUGCGCGGCGCCAGCGCCAGCGGGCCGGCUCGCCUGGAGUACUACGCGAACGAGAAGAAGUUCCGCCUGGGGGGCCCGGCCUCGCGCCCCAAGCGCGCCUUCCCCCUGGCCAGCGCGCUGGGCAUCAGCAAGCGGGCCGACGCGCGCCACAGGCACCUCCUGGUGCUGUACGGGCCCGAGGGCACCUUCGGCGCGGCGGCGGAGAGCGCCGAGCAGCAGCAGACCUGGUACGCGGCCCUGCUGGAGCUGCGCGGCACGGACAAAGCCCCCCCGGAGGGAGGCGGAGACUCUCUGCUCUCAGGCCCCGCCUUCAGGGAGGUGUGGCAGGUCAGCCUGCGCCCCAGAGGUUUGGGGCACACCAAAAACUUGGCCGGGACCUACUUUCUGUGCCUGACGGACAAGACUAUCAGCUUUGUGAAACGGAACUCGGCUGUGGCCGCCGUGGAGCUGCAGCUGCUCAACGUCCGGCGCUGCGGCCACUCCGAGAACUACUUCUUCAUGGAGGUGGGCCGUUCGGCCGUGACGGGCCCUGGAGAGCUCUGGAUGCAGGUGGAGGACCUGGUUGUGGCCCAGAACAUGCACGAGACAAUACUGGAGGCCAUGAAGGCCCUCAGCGACGAGUUCCGAGUCCGCAGCCAGAGCCACUCCUUGGCGUCCACGCCCAUCUCGGUGCCCCCUCGCCACCAGCACCUCGGCACCCCCCCGGCCAGCCAGGCGACUUUCCCCUGGAGACCCCGCCCCGAUGGGACCCCCACCCUGAGCAGGAGCCCUGGAGCCCAGGGGCAGAAGGUGGCGGGGCUCCCGAAGCCCGGUUCCUGGAGCGAUUACAGCACCGUCUCCUCGGAUGAAGGGGGGUCAAGCCCAGGCAAUCUGCGGCCACCCAGCACUCCCGACCCGCUGAACUCCCUGGCGGCAGAUGGCGAGCUGGACUACAUUUCUAUGGGCAGGCUGGCUUUGCCCAGUGGGCACACCUUGGCCCGAUGGGGGCUGCGGCCAGAGUCCCACAAGCGAGCCUCUCUGCCCCCCAUGGCCCUGGAGAAAGGCACAGCCAGCCUGCCCUGGAGGAGGCCGGCCCUCAAGCCCGUGGCCACGUCUGCGAGUUACCCCGAAGGACUGAACCGCAGCGCUGAGCCUGGCUACAUGGCUAUGCUGCCUGGCAUGGCCCUGAGUGCAGAGGAGCAGGUCUACACCGCCAUGACCCCCGGCAGCGUCUCGCCAUCCCAGGAGAGUGGCGGGUAUAUGCUGAUGUCCCCCAGCGGCAGCUGCUCUCCGGAUGGGCCGGGCCAGUGGGUGCUGGGCAGCAGGAGCGGCGAGUCCUCGGCCAGCGACUACAUGAAUAUGUCCCCGGCCAGCCGGUCAGCCUCCAGCACCCCACCUGAGUACAGCCCCCUGCUGGCCCCUCCUAGCGGUGCCCCGUUCUACUCCCUGCCACGCUCCUAUGAACACGGGGCCAGGGCCGUCCCCUUCCCCUUCCCCCCGGGGCCCCUCUCCAGCUCUUCUUCCACCAGCUCGGAGAGCCUGGAAGAGUCGGCGGGGGCCUUGUGCUUGGCCCGUCCUCCUCCAGGGCUGCUUGUGGGCCUUACCAAGAGUGCCAGAGGCGUGCCUGCUGCCCCCCGCAGCCCUGGUGACUACGUCUGCAUUGAAUAUGGUUCCAGAGCCCCUGGUUGCAUCCCACUGGAGCUUCAAAGUGCCCCAGGAGAGGCCAGCAGAACAGCAGUGCCGGCCAGCGCAGCGGCAAUGGCCCCAGGGCCCCGUCCUGUGCGAGCAGACUCUCGAGGGAGGCAAUGCCAUGGGUCGGAGGCCGUCCCCGAUGCCGAGCGGAACGGUGCGCUGCUGUGUGAGGCCCAGGCCCAGGCCGAGGCUGGACUGAACUACAUUGACCUGGACUUGGUGAAGGAGGCUGGCUCAGACAGGGCCCCCACCCCACGUCCCGCUGCUGUCCCUGGCCAGGCAGGGGCGCGCCACACCUAUGCCAGCAUCGACUUCCACCGUUUAGGGGAGCGGUAUGGGUGCAGGUCACCCCCUGAGGGAGCAGAGUCCUGAUGUCCCGGCGCCUGCCGCCUUGGCCGUUGGUUGUUUGCACCAGAGCGACGCGCGUCCCCUCCUUCCCCCUCAGUCCCUGCGAAGUGCCUUUUUCAGGGGAGGGCGAAGCUCUUCCUGGACUCUGGUUCGGGUCUCGCCGCCACACACCAAAGAUGAGCUCCCUGCAUGCCCCCUCAUGCCUUGGCUGCCUGCCAUUGGGCUAGGGAGACGGGGAGAAGCUGCCUGCUUGCGUUUCCUCCUCAAAUUCGGGCCCUUGGCUCAGCUGCUCUGCCCUCUGGGCUUCAUCCCCUGCAGUUGCCAGGAAGGAGCUGGCAAGGAGACCCUGAGCUGCCCCGUUUCCCCCGCCUCGCCCUCCACGCCGGCUGUGGCUCAAGCGCGAGUCUCCUCCCUCCAAAGCGUUCUCACCUCCCUCCACCAGCCAAGUGGCCACUCGCAUCUCCUCCUCCUCCUUGCCCCCUCACUCUGCCGGGCUCGUUGCACCCCACAGUGUGCCCAAACGUCCCCACUCCCUCGGCCACCCCUGUCUGGAACUCCUCAGCCAGCUCUUGGGAGUUGGGCUGCGUGCUGCCCGGAUCUUGACAAAUAAAGGCACUUUUGAUGACG